AUGGAUGCAGAACAAGCGACUUGGCGUCAAGAGAUCAUGUGGGACGACGAUGGGAAAAGAGCAGAGAUGGGGGAGAAGAUGUUUUGCGAUGUAAGUCCACAUAUAAUGUUGAACUCACACGGCGUGUUGGAGAAAAUGGCUUCCGGAUCUGAGGGAAUGGAAUUCUGGGAGUACCCUCUUCCUCAGCUGGAGAUCAUCAUUCUCUCCACAUUCCUGUUCUGGCGUUUUUUUGAUAUCUUGUUCAAGAAGUUACGUGUUCCUAUCCCCAAAUUUACCUCCAUGAUGCUUGUUGGGGCAGUCUUGAGCGAGGUGUUGCAGUCGGUGAAAAUGUCAUGGUUUCAGGAUAUAUUUAUCCAUGAGAACAAGUAUAUGCCAAAUGUUGCUGAGACUAUUGGCGCAUUUGCUUUUACCCUAGAUUGGUUCCUAAGAGGAGUGACUACAGAUGUUGGAAUGGUCAAAAAGUCUGGAACUAAGAGUGUUGUAAUUGGAUUCACCUCAAUGAUCAUCCCAUGGCAAAUAGGAAAACUCAUUUAUUCAUCUAGAGAGAAAUCAAGUAUCCCGACCAUGUCAGGGAUGGAGUAUGCUAUAAUGACUUUCACCAUGAGCGUGACGCCCUUUACUUGCCUCAACAUGUUCCUUACCGACCUCAAAAUAGUUCACACUGAGUUCGGCCAAAUAGCUCAGUCAUCUGGAAUGGUAACCGAUGUCCUUGCCUUUUUCUUGACUGUAUGGAAUUACGUAAGCCGCGAUGAUGGAAUACGUAUGGGAGUUGCUUUUAUGCUCUUCUUUACUUUUUUGUUUCUUGUGCGACAAUUUAUGCACUGGGUUAUCAGACACACGCCAGAAGGAGUUCCGGUGAGGAACAUGUAUCUCUACAUUGGUCUCUUGCUGGCUUACUUAUCUUAUCUUUUCUGGAGUCACUAUUUAUUCUUCGGACCGUUGGGGGCAUUUAUUCUUGGUUUGGCUAUUCCUAACGGACCACCUUUAGGUUCAGUUUUUAUACAAAAAUUCGAUAGCUUCAAUGAGGGCCUUUUUUUACCCCUCUUUGGAUCACUUACCAUGAUUAAACUAGAUUGGUCAUUUUUACGCAAGGAGUUUGGAAAUGGAAAACAUUUCGAGGGACAUAUGCACGAGUGUUUUUCAUUCCUUGCCAUCUUAUACAUGACGAAAUUUGCUUCUUCGUUCUCGGUCGCCAUAGCUGCAAAGAUGCCCUUGAGAGACUCAGUUAUCCUAGGUAUCAUUAUGGGCACCAAGAGUAGUUUCGAGCUGGCUUACGUACUCCAAGCCUUCGAAAAAUACAGUAUUAGUCUGGAGCUUUUCACGCUCAUGGGUGUAUACAUUCUCGUAAACUCUUUGUUAACACCAAUGUCUAUACAUAUCUUGUAUGAUCGGUCGAAGAGAUCAGCGUGUUACGGAAGAAGAAACUUGAAACACAAUUCAGAACUGCAAACGCUGGUGUGCAUCAACAAGCCUGACAACAUAACAUCAAUGAUUAGCCUUCUUAGAGCUACUUCUCCAUCUAAAGACUCGCCAAUGGAUUGUUGUGUUCUUCACCUAAUCGAGCUAGUGGGUCAAGCUAAUCCCACGUUUAUCUCCCACCAGCUUCAGAAACCAAAACCUGGAAGUCGGUCUUAUUCCGAAAAUGUCAUAAGCUCUUUCCAAAUGUUUCAAGAGACUUAUUGGGACUCUGCUUCCAUAAACAUGUUCACGUCUUUAACUUCCGCUAAAGAGAUGCAUGAACACAUAUGUUGGUUUGCUCUUGAUAAAGGUUCAAAUCUUAUUCUCCUCUCGUUUCACCGCACUUGGGGGCCUAACGGAAAUGACAUUAUCUCAGACGAUCAAACCCAAAGAAGUCUUAAUCGUAGCGUUCUGAAACGAGCCCCUUGCUCUGUCGGAAUCUUUGUUCAUCGCAAACCAAUCUGGCAACCCAAAUCCGUAGAAUCUCCAUGCCGUGUAUGCUUGAUUUACGUGGGUGGAAAUGACGACAAAGAGGCCUUGGCAUUAGCUGACCACAUGAGAGGCAACCAACAAGUGAGCCUAACGGUGAUUUGCGUGAUCCCUGCAUCUCAUGCCGAGGAGAAUACCAAGAGGAGUCGUAGUCAAAUGGCAGACAUGAACAGUCACGAAGAGAAGCCUCGAGAUAACUCCAUCAUCAUUGAAUUGACAGUGGCGGAUGGCACGGAGACUUCCAAAUUUUUGCACUCGGUGGCUUACGACUAUGAACUAUUUGUAGUCGGUAGAAGAAGCGGGAUUGGUACUACGGUCACUAAAGGACUUGGGGACUGGAUGGAAUUCGACGAACUUGGAGUCAUCCGAGAUUUGUUAGCAUCUGAAUAUUUCCCUUCUAGAGCUUCCGUGUUGAUAGUCCAACAACGAGAAUGA